UUCUGUUCAUCCGCAAUGUUCUCUAGAAGACUCCCACGCGCCUCCCAGCGCGCGUGCUCGCGGCUCUCACAACCUCCACACCACCCCCUCCAGACAUUCGCAAAACUCCCUUCACAGACACGAAUACCGCGGCCUCAAUGCUUAGCAAGGCGAAAUAUAUCAACCGCAGCAGCCGCAAAGAAGCUCUUCAAAGAAAGCCCAUUCCUGUUCCCACUCGCCGGCUUCUGCAUUAUAGCAGGCAUGGCCGGCUUCCUAUAUCUCCCGUAUUACUACCAAAACUACAUCAUCGCACCCUAUCACAACUUCCCCGAGCCCGUGGCUAAAAAGCUGCGGCGCGCCAUAUUCUACAGCUCCGGUCGCAACGUCGACGUGCGGGAAGCAAACAAAUAUUUCCGCCAGGGCAUACUGUUAGCGAAUGAGCUGGGCAUGGAUCCGUUUAGUGACGAGAUUCUGGGCGUAAAAAUUGCCAUUGCGGCCAUGUUCGAGCGCGAGCAGCACUUCAACCUUGCGAUCGAGGUGCUGGAGAUUCUGCGCCGCGACUGCUACAGAUGGGUAGAGGAAGUAGGCCCGAAGCACUGGACUGACGGAAAAAGAACCAAGAUACUGUCCAAAACCGUAGAGCUCAACGUCAAGCUAGGCGAGCUCUACAGCAACAAAUACGUCCAAGACACCGACGCUGCCGAGGAGCGCCUCGUCGAGGCCGUCGAGACCAUUCUCAAAGAGAAGUCCCGGCGCGAGAAAGACGGUGUGCAAACCGGCGAGGGCGAGUGGAUGUCGGACGAAGAGGUGGGGGCGUCGCUGGAGGCACUCGGACACCACUACGAGGAGAAGGACCUCCACUACCUCGCCACCCCGCUCUUCCUCCAGGCGCUGACGCUGUGUCCGCCGAAAUCCUGCCACUCGGUCGUACUCAUGAACAAUCUCUCCAUCUGUCUUGCGCAGCAAACACCCACGCCUACGCCAGACGCUCUCCCGAACUCCGUCCCGCACAUCCCCCCUCACUCCCGCGCUAUGAUCAUCGACCAAGCCCGCCAGUGGGCUAGUAAAGCCCUUGCUUCCGCCGCUGUCAUUACUCCGCCGGAUCGCACAGAGGAAUGCGAUCAGGGCUGUGCGGUUGCAACGCAUAAUCUCGGCGAGUUCGCGGAGAUGGAGGGGAAGAUACAGGAGGCGCGGAAGCGGUAUCAGGAGGCGGCGAGCUUGGCGAAGGCUGUGGGGUUCAAGGAGGGGGAGAUUAACGCGAAGGAGGGGUUGAAGAGGUUAAAGGGGAAGGAUUGAUCGAAUGAGAAACGAGCUGUAAGAUAGUGCUUGUAGGCUUGUAUACCUCCAAAUCUCGAACAAGACGAAGAUGUAAUCAUGUUGAACUUCCUGGACACUCGUUGAGCUAAGCGUCUCCGCCCAACGGCACCGGCUACCACUCAAAAAGGGAAAGUAUCCAUAGACUUGGCGAAAUUACACUGAAGUAUCCCCGUUGGCAGCGAUAGAA